AUGAUCGAUCCAGUUCACGAAAUCGUUCAGUGCCUUUUACCGUCCAAUGCCGUUGCACUCAAGCCUCGUUCAUUGAGAAGCAUUUGUCAGAAAUUACCAUACUUGAAAGAUACCAUCGACCUCAACAAGCUUGAUAUGGAGUGGAGACAACAUGCACUUGAGCCAAAGGCAAAGCCUGAACUUCACUGGGAUGAAUACUGGUUAAACAUACGGGACACAACGACCCCAACAGGCGAAGCAAAAUAUCCACUGUUGAUGGCAUUUGUUAGUAUUCUGGCUUCACUACCGUUUUGAAAUGUAUCUGUUGAAAGAAUUUUUAGCCAACUUAAGCUGGUUAAAACGGAUCAGAGAAAUUCUUUGAAAUCGACGUCAUUGGUUUCCUUACUUCAGGCGAAGAUGAGAAUGAAGAAUGAGCACUUAACUGCUGCCAGCUUAAAAGUUCAUAAAGGAAUGUUGGAACUAGCAUCCAAGAUGAAGUCAUACGCCACUGACGAAGAAACAAAGGAAUUAAGAAAAUAA